GGGGCUCUAUUUCAGAGGGGGGGCCGCGCGGCAGCCGGGGCUCAGCGGCAGAGCAGAGAAGAGCUGAGGGGAGCUGUGCCCGCGUGGGAGCAACCUACCCACCGGGAGAGAAAGAGGGAGCGAGAGCGGGCGCGGGAGGGGAGAGAAAGAAGCAAGCUAGGAAGUAAGGACUGCGCGCACGGGGCCGGGGCCGGGGCCACGGGGCACUGGAGCUGAGCAACCUGCGGCGGCUGCGGCUGCAGGAGCAGCAAAGGGGACACCGCCCCCGUCCCCCUCCCCCCGCCCCCACCCCCUCCCCCGCAUCGUCUCCCUUGCCAGCCGCCUUUGAUUUUUGCUCCCUCGAGGGGGCUCCGUUCGAGGACUUGUCACCGUGAAGUGCCGCCAUGUCUGACCGGAAAGCAGUGAUCAAGAACGCAGACAUGUCUGAGGACAUGCAGCAGGAUGCGGUUGACUGUGCAACGCAGGCUAUGGAGAAGUACAACAUAGAGAAAGACAUUGCUGCCUAUAUCAAGAAGGAAUUCGACAAGAAAUAUAACCCCACGUGGCAUUGUAUUGUGGGCCGAAAUUUUGGCAGCUACGUCACACAUGAGACAAAGCACUUCAUCUAUUUUUACUUGGGUCAAGUUGCAAUCCUCCUCUUCAAGUCCGGCUAGGUGGCGCAGUGGUGGCGGUGGCUGCGGUGGAGGAGGCGGGCAGCGGUGGUGGCAGGCGGAGCUGGGACUGUUACACGCACUGAAGGCUGGCACCAGGAUUUCCUCUCCAAUGGCUGUGCUACUGCAUGGAUUGUAUACUCGACUUAAUGUGUAUAUGUUGCAGUAAAAAAAAAAAAAAAAACAAAAACAAAAAAACCUACUUCUGUUUAGUUGCCUGGGGAAGAAGGCUGCUUUCUGUUGUUUAAUUUAAAAAAAAAAAAUACACCCCCCCCCCUUUGGUUGUAUUGCACUAGGAAAUAUCUCUCAAAACAAAUUCUCCCAUCCCCCUAAAAAAAGCUUAAAAGGAGAAGCAAAAAACCCCCAGGAUUUUGGAGUGCUCAACUUAAUCCUUCCCAGUGGUGGAUGCCUUCUUUGGAAGGCUUGAGGAAAGCUAAGGGGAUGGGGAUAAUGUGUUAGGGUUGGGAUGGGGGGGAGGGCUCAAGUAAAGGGGAGGUUUGUUCCCCCAUAAUGUGAAUCCAAGUGUUUUUGGAUUGUGAGUUGGGCAGGGGGUGAGAAUCCUCUAGAGAGGCCCUGGAAACUAUUUGUUGUGGGGUGGGGUGGGGGUGGGGGGCAGAGACUUGUCUUGCUGUCUUCAUUAGUGCUUAAGGGAGUGUCUAAGAGGUGUGUAUGUGUGUGUGUGUCUUUGUGGAUUUGGUGCAUUAGGCUAUUUUUUUUCCUGCUGGUGCUCAGAUAGGGAGGAUGCUAGGGGCAAGAUUAUUCCAUUUUCUCUCAUUCCAUAUCCCCAACCUGGUCACAUCCAACUCAUUAACUUAACUCUUUCUCCACUUCCUUGGAAGAGUCCCCUUAGGUUAGCCUCCCUGUUAGCUGAUGGGCCAGGGAAUUUCCAGUGACUUUGGGUCUGAACCUUCCUCCUUUCUGUAUUUGAGAAGGAGUCUUUGAGAGAGACAGAGAAUGUGUGUGUGUGUGUGUCUGUUUGUAGAGGGGCACAGGUAAAGAUGGUUGUGAGGCAGCUGAGUGAUCUGGGCAUAGUAUCACUUUAGUUCUUCAACCACCUAGUGCAGGAGAUGCUGCUGGUCUCUGGUUGAGACUUGACAGAAGGAUGCCCAGGAAUAAUUGUAUGACAAGAGAAGUCUCAGCCUCUGUCAUCCUUGGAGCUGGUUCUCGGUGGUAGGCUAGAGAAGGUGUGACUCAGUGGAAUGUGGAGCCUUGGGUAGAGUGGUGCAUGACAGUGUUUCUGGCUGAGGGGGAGGAGAGCUGGUAGUUUUGAUGGACAUGUUAAGUGAUUUUUGGGAAGCUCCUAUGGGAACUCAUCUUGCAGCAUAGAUGAAGGGGGACAGAAAGACAUGAAGGAAGCAGGGAAACCCUGAUGGGAGGGGAGAGAGGACUUCAGCUUAGGGGGAUGUAGAGGCUUAAAGAGGGCGAAAUUGUUAAAUUGAGGUGAGGGUGGGAAAGCUAAUGCCUUGAACUGCUGAUUUUCCUGUGUCUUGUCCAAAAUAUUGUUGUGGGGGUGGGGUAGAUGUUGGGAAAUUAGGGAUGAAUGAAGCUCCUUUUUUCAAGCUUAAGUCCUGGCAGAAUGGGCUAUCCUUCCCCCAAGUCUUCUGUGCUUUCCACCUUUCUUUACAAUGCUAGAGGAAACCUGCAUUGGGGGUGGGGCAGGGGGGCUGGGCAAUGAUAGAGUGCUCUUUGUAUUAUAAAUUGGGCAGUGAAGGAUGUGCUGUCUGUGAUAAAUUGCUUGGAUAUUAGAUUUUUUUUUUUAAAUAAAUGUUUGAGUUUGUGUUGUCUCCUCCCCUACCCCCUUGACUUGUAAGGCCAAUUGAAAGUGUCUGGUUUGUGUUCAUCUCUUUUUUUGUCUUUAUUCUCUUGGAGCAGGGGUGGCUGCCCCCCCUCCCCUUCCUCAUCCCCCUUGCUCUGCCUCCAUUCCUCUCUUGGACAUUAAAAGUUGAUUGAUGCACUUCAAA